GUCAUUAAACAACAUUGCAUCCUUGGUGAUGCAUAGUGAAUCAGGUGCAAACGGGGAAGCGAGUGAGAGCGCCUCCAAUCAACUUUUCUUUCAUUGAAUGGUCUCAAACCUAGGCGCCAAUGGUGUGAGCAAUCGACACGAAUUGAUAAAAGUCUAUGUACCUGGCCGAGCGGAAGGUGAAAUAAAGGUAAAGCUCGACCAGCUGACGAACAGCGAAAGACAAAAAGUGGGAUCGAAGCGAAUGGGUCGUUCUGAGAAAGCCCAGAAAGACUCCCAGCAGCGAGCGUCGCAGGCAAGACCUCAGCGCGGUCUGACGAAAAAUCGCUUUGGGUCUUCCGUAUUAAAAUUAUCGACGGAGCUCCGAUGUUGGGCUGGAGGAAUCGAUUAUGCAGCCAAAAUAUUGCGGUGAUAGUACAGUGAGGCGGAAAGAGGAGUCAUCAAGUGAUGACUCUCAACACGUUCAGCCAGGCGAAAGUUCGAGUGAACUGACUGAAAAGCCUGCGAAGGGACGAAGCGAGGCGGUCGGUAUUAAAGAUGUA